AGUCUUGUGAAAGCAUAAGAACAAAAACGUUUGAACCUAAAAUGAGUGAGUGCAAGCGAGAUACAAGAGAAAUAUUCACUUAUCAUGAAAAGUCUCUUACAUCACAUGACAUGUAUGUAAUACAGAAAGAGGAAGAGCAACUGAAUCAACUACGACAUGAAGAACUUAUGUUGCAAAGAGAGGAAAUGUUACAUCUCGAUGCAGUGAAGCUGUUACAAAAAGAUUUGAAACAUAUACGUUUGUGCAUGAGAGAUAAAGAGCUCCAACUUGAGCAUUCCCGUUUACAAUGCUACGGUCGACAUCAUCCCUUAAAAACAGACGUACAUCUGAAUAGACUGGAGCAGAAUAUUGAUGAAAGUCACAAAAGAUUAAACAGGGAGAUACCAGUUAUUCAUUACCCAGAUGCUAACGAAGCAUACACAACUAACAAAGGAAGCAGAGUAUCUACACCAAGUCCAACACUAAUACCAAGUCCAACAAGUACAAGUAGUCCAACACAGGUUACCACUUCAAAAAUAACCUCCUACAUGAUGCCACAGCAACCAGCAAAGGUAUUUUCAGCUAUGCCUCGCUCUGCGAAAGGCCCACCAAUGAAAACAUGUAUGUCGUGCAAGCACAGCAUACACCGAAAUGCACCAGUCUGUCCGAUAUGUAAAGCAAAAAGUCAUUCAAAGAAUCCAAAGAAGAGAAAAGCAAGCGACUAACAAUGGAGACAUUAAACAUUUUUUAAGCUUAUAAUAGAUAAGCUAAUUUAACAAACAUCUUUUAAAAUCUAACUCCUUUUUCACAAAAUAAGCACAAUAUUGUAUUUAGAAACUGUAUAUUUGUAUGUAAAAUAUUGUAUUUUUUAAUUAAUGUAAAUAGGUUGUGGUUGCAAAGAGCAGGAAGAAUUCACCACUGUAA